CCCAGUCGGGACCCGUAGGGAGAGGCGGGUAGCGGCCGACGGCGGCGGCCGUUGUGCGGAGGCUGCGCGGCCGGGCGCCUGGGACCUGUCCUGCAGCGGCUCUCUGAGGCUGUGGGUCGUCGCUGCAGCUGCCGUGAAAGAAGGAAACGACGACUCCGGGGGCGAACUUGGCACGCAGGGAGGAAGGGAAAGGGUGUGUGACGAGGGCUGUGGAUGCAUGGUCAUGGAGGCUACGAUUCUGAUUUUAGUGAUGAUGAACACUGUGGAGAAUCCAGCAAAAGGAAAACAAGGACAGUUGAAGAUGACUUACUGCUCCAAAAACCAUUUCAGAAAGAAAAGCAUGGAAAGGUGGCCCAUAAACAAGUUGCAGCGGAAUUGCUGGAUAGGGAAGAAGCAAGAAAUAGAAGGUUUCAUCUCAUAGCUAUGGAUGCUUAUCAAAGACAUACAAAGUUUGUAAAUGACUAUAUUUUAUAUUAUGGUGGCAAAAAAGAAGAUUUCAAGCGUUUGGGGGAAAAUGACAAGACAGACUUGGAUGUUAUACGAGAAAAUCAUAGAUUCCUAUGGAAUGAGGACGACGAAAUGGACAUGACUUGGGAGAAGAGACUUGCUAAGAAAUACUAUGAUAAAUUAUUUAAGGAAUACUGCAUAGCAGAUCUCAGUAAAUAUAAAGAAAAUAAGUUUGGAUUUAGGUGGCGAGUAGAAAAAGAAGUAAUUUCAGGAAAAGGUCAGUUUUUCUGUGGAAAUAAAUAUUGUGAUAAAAAAGAAGGCUUAAAGAGUUGGGAAGUUAAUUUUGGUUAUAUUGAGCAUGGUGAAAAGAGAAAUGCACUUGUUAAAUUAAGGUUAUGCCAAGAAUGUUCCAUUAAAUUAAAUUUUCAUCACAGGAGAAAAGAAAUCAAGUCAAAAAAAAGAAAAGAUAAAACCAAAAAAGAUUGUGGAGAGUCAUCAUGUAAAAAAUCCAGAUUAUCUUCUGCAGAAGAGGCCUCCAAGAAAAAAGAUAAAGGGCAUUCAUCUUCAAAGAAAUCAGAAGAUUCUCUAAAUAGAAACUCUGAUGAGGAAGAAAGUGCUUCAGAAUCUGAACUUUGGAAGGGUCCACUACCAGAGACAGAUGAAAAAUCACAGGAAGAAGAAUUUGAUGAGUAUUUUCAGGAUUUGUUUCUAUAAGACGAGAGAAACUUAAUGUGAAACUUCAUGAAGUUUUAAACUUCAUGCAAUUUGAAAUUUCAUGUAAGUUUUUAUCUGCGAGUUACAGCUUGUGUGGUUUGUCUUUGGAAAUAAAAAUCUAGGUUCUCUCAGAA